AUGGGUCGUAUGCACGCUCCUGGUAAAGGUAUUUCCCAGUCAUCGCUUCCAUACCGUCGAAGUGUUCCAACAUGGUUGAAGUUGAGUUCUGAUGAUGUCAAAGAGCAGAUCUACAAAUUGGCAAAGAAAGGAUUGACCCCAUCUCAAAUUGGUGUGAUUUUGAGAGACUCUCAUGGAGUUGCCCAAGUAAAAUCUGUCACUAGCAACAAAAUUCUAAGAAUUCUGAAGGCCAAGGGUCUAGCCCCAGAAAUUCCAGAGGAUCUGUAUUUCCUGAUUAAGAAAGCUGUUGCCAUCAGAAAACACUUGGAAAGAAAUAGAAAGGACAAGGAUGCUAAAUUUAGACUUAUUUUGGUGGAGAGUAGAAUCCAUAGAUUAGCCAGGUAUUACAAGACCAAAAAGGUUCUUCCUCCCACCUGGAAAUAUGAAUCUUCCACAGCGUCAGCUCUUGUCUCGUAA